UAAUAGUAGAACGGAGUUCUGAAUUCCCAAAGUUCUGGGGUUCGCGUAAAGAGCGCAGAAAAAUAACUUAGCUCGCUAGCUGGCUAGCUAGUUUGUCAACAGUUUGGGGGAUCAGGAUAUGCAAAAGAGGAUCUGUGCUGAGCCACAAGGAGGCAAUGUCUGACAACAACAACGGGUUCAACAACAGCUGGACCAUCCUCACCCCAGAGGAAACUGCUGUAGGGAAUGUUGGCCCAAGGGAUGAUGGGAGUGAAAGCCUUGCUGAUGCCCCCGGCCUGUCGGAGGAAGUGACGGGGACUGCCCCUGUGCUGGAGACAGCUGACGCAGGCGCUAAGACUGAGACAGCAGUGACCGAGGAGGGACUGCAGGUCACUUCUGUUUCCUCUGAAACCGAUGUAGUGAACAUCGGCCCAGGGAAUGAUGGGAGUGAAGGUUUGGCAGACACACCCGGCCUCGCUGAGGAAGUGACAGGGAAAGUUGCCGAGUUACGAACAGGGGACAGUGAGGCACCAACCGAAUUAGUUCUAUCUGAGGAGGGGCUGCAGGUUUGCCAAGAAACUGCUCCCGAGAUCACUCAGAGUCCUGCCCCUCCCAGCCCCUCCCCUUCCAGCCACGUCCCUUUGAGUGCCAGCCUAGAGACUCAUACCCCUUUUAGCCCUGAACCUGAUGCAUACACAGUCACUACCCCCUAUUCUGACAGUCACCCAGCUGUUAGCCCCACCUCGGAUUCCUGGACCCAUAUAAGCCCUGCUGUUGAGAGCAUAACCCUUGCAACCCCUGUCUCUGAUACCUACACUGACAUAAGCCCUUCCAUUGAGAGCCACACACCUGUUAGCCCCCCCUCUGAUAUCUACACCCAUAUAAGCCCCCCCACUGAGAGUCCUACCAUUGUAAGCUCUACCUCCGAUACCUUUACUGACACAAGCACGUCCCCAGAGAUCCCCGCCUUUGUAAGCCCCACCUCUGAUACCUAUGCUGAUGUAAGCCCCGCCCCUGAGGUCCCAGCACCUGUUAGCCCAGACUCCUUUGCCACUUUGUCCACACCUGCGUCUCAGGAAGAGGAGGUGCUCCAAUACCAAGAGGAAGUAUCUGAGCCAGCGAAGACAGUGAGCGAUGUUGGACCAUGUGAAGAUUAUCGGGGCGACACAGUAUUUGGGGAGGAGGAGGGUCUGAGGAGGAGACAUGUGCAACCGGCUAGCCCCCCUGACCUUCCAGUGAGAGCAGGGGCUGAGGAAGAGGAUGAGGAAGAAGAGGAGUUUAGACUUGUUGAGAGGAAGGAGGAGGGUGGACUUUCUCUGAACAAGUGCAUUGUGGGAGCCCUGAUCCUGCUCAGCUUGGGGUCCAUAAUAUUUUCAGGUAUCUUCAUUGACCUGGAAGACGAAGACGACUCGGAGGUUGCACAGCUCAGAGACCCUAAGAACCCCGACGCCAAACCUCCCACUCCUCAGGAAGUGACGGAGCUACUGGGUAAACUGGCUGAAGAAAACCAGCAGAUGACUCUACUACAGGCACAGCUACAGUCUCAGAAAGAAGAGUUAAACCUGGUGCUUCAGAGGGCAGAGGAGAUGGGGAAGGAGCCCCCUGCUGGCCAGACAGAGAACCAGAGCUCAACAGUGCAGGAAGGGCCAGGAACAAGAGAGGAGAAAGACAAGAGUGAGGGAGGCAGAAUUUGGCAGGAGAGCGGGAAGGAGAAAGUCUUAACAGAGGAGAGGAAAACAAGGGAGGGUGAUGCACAAAUAGGGGCGAGAGAGCCGGAGAGGAGGUGGACAGAAGGAGAGGAGAGGAGAGGAGGGAAGAAGAAGCACUGGGAGGGAGGACAAAAAGAGGGGAGGAGAGAGGGAUUCCAGGAGAAGGAUUGGAAGAAAGGGAGGGAAGAGGGGAAAGAGUGGAAGCACAGAGUUGACAAAAAGGAAAGGAAGGGAGAGAGCGAUUGGAAACGUGGGAAGGAUGGAGGGAAAGAUAAACACAAAGAAUGGGUGGAGAAGAAGGAGAGAAAACAAGUGUGGGAAAAAGAGAAAGAGAGAGAGAGAGAGUCCCCAAAACAUGGGGAGAGAAAAAGAGAGGGAUCGUGGAAGGAUAAGAUGGAGAAAAAGGACCACAGAGACGAGAGGUGGAGGAAGGACAAAAAAGAAAAGGACUGGAAGCCACACAAAGAUGGGUGGAAAACAGAGAAAGAUGGAAGCACCAAGAAGAGAGAAGAACGAGGGAUGGGCAAGGACAAAAUCAGGAAAGAGAGGCACUGGCAGGGAACCGUAGAAAAGGCACAUCACCGCCACACCCAUGCUGACUACUGGAAACAUCAGCGAGAGGAACUGGAAAACAAUCGCCCUCCGGUGGACUGUAGGGGUAUUUCAGAGUGUGCCAGAAAGGAGGGGCUUGUCCCCGUGAAGCUGGAUGAAUUUCUUGGGGUUUUUGAGGGCUACCUUAGCAAGCUGGGGGGAGCUGCGGGUCAGAGCAAGGAGGCGAUCAUUCGGCUGGUCAGAGAGUUCUUCAUCGACGGCGUUUUCGUUCACCAUAAGAUGCCGUUCCGAGAGUUUGUGGAAGACGUGGCCGACAUGCUGGAGGAUGUGGUAGAGGGAGACCGUGAAGCUGAAGAGAAGAUGGAUGAGUUUGAGAGAGAAGCACUGAGGAGGUUCACUCUGCCGGGUGGAGGAGAGAGGGAGGGCAGGAAGAGGGGGAAGGAGAGCAGAAUGUGGGGCUGAUGGAAGAGGGGAGAAGAAAGGAGUGAGGAGUAGGGAGAUGGGGGGAGAGAAAAGGAGACAGACAGACAGAGGAUAGAAGUGAUGGAAUGGGUUCAGAAAGGCAUUACUUAUCCCGGCCUUGGAGGGCUGUAGUUUCAGAAAUGCACUUCAGAUGUGAGCAAAAACACCUCUUCACCAAUACAAUUGGGAAAAACUGAAGCAUCACAAAAACAUGUGGCCCCUUACAUCUUGUUCCCAUCUCGCAUUUUUGUGGAGAUUCAGUCUUAACCUACCUCUACCGCCGUGUUGUCAACAAGUUUUUGUGUUCUAGCUUAGCACUUAAGGAACCGCUUGUUGUAAACUGAACUAGCUGAAGUGAACUUCAUAGCAGUGAAUGUGCUGGCCUUUUUAAGAGCUGUACCACAGUGCUCCAAGGUCAAAAUUAGGAUCCACGGCUUUCAUUCUACCUGACCACACAUCUACCUGAUCUACCAGCUGAUUCUUCUCUACUGAACUUGUCAGAGUCUCCCCCCCAAGUGCUGGGACUUGUUACUGGUUAACAGACAGCAGAAGUACAGCUUAGUUAGAAAGUUAGUUGGGAAAGUAGGCCAGGUUUGGGAGAGGAAAUGUGGACACCCUAUAGGACCUGGACUGAGGCAGCCCUGCUGGACUGGAGUUGGGCAAUACAGAUUUAAGUGGUUUGAUUAACCAGCGUCUGAAUGCAGAUUCCCACCCUCCUAAAGCAUUAAGACAUUGAAGUUAUUGGAGUUGAAUUGGAGUGUUUUACAUUUUAUGAUGCCUUUAUGGCGUGGUUUUUGUCUUAUAUUUAAAAAUCUACUCCUGUCAGAGCUGCAGUGUUAUGAUAUGUGUUGAAUGUGACAAAUGUUUCCAUGCAUGAUUGAGCAUCCGAGACUGCAUAGUGAAAGCCUAAAAUGACCCUGACCUCUCCAGAUAAGGAUUUGGGAGUGUCAUUGAGAAAUCAGGCCUAAUUUAUAGGCUGCGACCACAAUCAUUUUGCUUCUGGUUUUGAUUUAUCUUGAAUUUGUAGUUGUGUAGCUUUUCACUGAAGUUCUAAACAAUGACACUGUCACCAAGCGCAGACUGCACAGUGACUUGUUCAGAAGUGAUUCUUGGUGUCACAGUGAUCUGAGACAUAAGUGCUUUUUUUAGCAUAAGUUUGUAUUGCUCCAGUAACCCAAAUUGAGAUCUCUAGCUGGCAGUGACGGUGGCUUGCGUCAACUGGAGGGGGAUGGUUCAGAUCUGUGCUUUCAUAAAGCAGUUUGACAUGCACAAUAGUGUGUGUAAAUUUGUUUUCUUUCACAUAAAAAUACCAGAAUUUUAAUUUUUGAGCAGACAUCUCCCUUAAGAAUGGUUGCGCUUCAGUUCUGUAGAUCAGGAGUACGCAGUCCAGGUCCUGGAGUGCCAGAGAUGCUUCUGUUUUUUGUUUUUUCCCAGCCUUUAACUGCAUAAUUGGAUAUAUUAAUAGCUUAAUUCUAUUCAGCAGACCAUGUGCUCAAGGUAGUGAGCACCACUCAGAGAGGCCUAGACAAUCGGCAGGACUGUGGGACUCCAGAAGCAGGAUCACCUGCCUCCACUGUACAUUAAGACCCAAGCUGAAUUUGUCAUUUUUAACAACAGUGUUAACUUUUGGAGGUUUUUCCCAAUGCUUUUUGUUGCUGUUUCAGGUAGCGUAGCAUUUGAUCAGUCAGGGUCGUGUUAUAAAAGAUACUUAAAGAAGAAAUGAAGUAAGUCUUUAAUCACAUUUUUAAUACAUUCUUUAGUCACAGUAACUUCUUAGCAUUCAGUGCUGACAUAUUUAUUUAAGUAAGUAACAAGUAGAGCAACAUUAGUUAAGGUAUUCUUCCUUAAAAUGUUGUUCAGUGAUUAAAGUAGAAUAAGUAGUGUAUGCUCACCUACUGUGUGUACCAUAGCAGGAUUGAAAGCAAUUACAUUUGAAAAACUAGUCUAAAUCAACUGGUUAAUGUUAUUUGUGGAUUUGCCAUAGGAGGUUUGGGUUCUAGUUACUACUGAUGUGUGUUCAUAUUUGGGUUUGAAUUGAGACUUUUAUUUGCUAUUUCAGUGUAUGGUAGCUAUGAGCAGCCAGUUCUUUGACCU